GUUUCUUUGGGUUAGUCCAGAGUCGUAUUCACAAACACGAAGUCCGUAAUAUAAUUUAGUGCUGCGUUUUGUGGUAUGUGACAUUCUACGCGGUUUACGCAGUGCUCUUAAUAAUGGCGUCCGUGUCGGAGAUGCGCUUGGGUUCGGGAAAAUGAAGCGGAGAAGAAGUUAUCUCUUUUAAGAAAAGCCGGGGUUUCCUUCAACUGGCUCUACGUCGAAAAGAGCGGCGUUUCCAAUAGGUUUGAGUUUACAUUCUUGUCCGUGGAUCCCCGAAAUGAUGAAGCUCAAGUCCAACCAGACCCGGACCUACGAUGGGGAUGGCUACAAGAAACGAGCUGCCUGCUUGUGUUUUAGGAGCGAGAGUGAAGAGGAGGUGUUGCUGGUGAGUAGCAGCCGACAUCCUGACAAGUGGAUUGUUCCCGGAGGAGGGAUGGAGCCUGAAGAGGAGCCCAGUGUGGCUGCUGCUCGGGAGGUGUGUGAAGAGGCUGGAGUGAAGGGGACAUUAGGACGGCUAGUAGGAAUUUUUGAGAAUAGAGACAGAAAACACAGAACGUACGUCUAUGUUCUCAUCGUAACUGAAGUGCUGGAAGACUGGGAGGACUCUGUAAAUAUUGGGAGAAAAAGGGAAUGGUUUAAAAUAGACGAUGCCAGAAGAGUGCUGCAGUGUCACAAGCCCGUUCAGGCGUCCUACUUAGAGGCCCUCCAGCAGGCCUGCCUGACCAGCAACGGGACACCCCUGGUGGCCACGAUAGCCGGAGACCUCUCCCCCACCUACACCAUCAACCAGAGCUCGGUCUCGGGUAUCAGAUAACUAACACACAAGCGCAGAAACUCCCUGAGAUUUCUCCUCCUCCUUUCUUCUUUGUUAAUCCUCCUCUCCCUCCUUUUUUAACGUCGACAAGUCAACGCGAGAAAGAGCGGUUCGCCUUGCCAGCCUUCCGUGCCCAAUCGGUGGCACAGACUUGAUAAGUGUUGGGCAAAGCUUAUGAAACACUUCAGAAAUGUAAAGAUCCCCCCCCCCAGUUUCUUUUUAUCUAACUGCAUGAAGCAUCCCUCAUUUCCACCUCUCCAAUCCUCCUUCCUUCCCUCCUUCCCUUCUUCCCCUUUCCUCAUCCUAAAUGUGAGGUUUAUUAAAUGCUUUUUACUGUUGUGAUGUAAAUUACUGGUAUGUAAUUAGUGCUGAAGGUCAUGGCUUUCAAGGGUCUUUUUAAUGUCUUUUUAUCUUUAUUUUUCAUUUUUGUUGUUGUUUGUUUACGUUGUUUGUUUUGUCUCUUUCUCUUGUGUAUUUCUCCCUUGCCCUGACCGGGGACAUGUUGUGUCUGUAUAUGAAUGGAUGGACCCACAGGAAGCGGCUUGUUUUGCAUGAGCACUGGUAUUUAUUUGUCUUACGGAAUGGGUGAAGUCAUUUGAAAGAUUGAAAAGGUUUGCUUAAAAAAAAUGCUUUUUCUUUCUGAUUGUGAAGGUGCAACAAGUUUUGGUUUUGGGGGAGGGUUUGGGGCUAUGAGAUCCUCCUUUUAAGAUCGUUGACCUGAGGUCCACUUCAGAUUUGCAUCUGCGGGCCCCAAGCCCCCCUGUUGCAGGUCUGGCUCAAGCGGGACUAUUGAAAUCUAGUCAGCUCCUGUCCCAGAAGCACCUUGUUUUGGGUAGGUCACCAUUCCGCAAAGCUGCAAAGGCGCUUUGACCCAGCUGGGCUUAUGGGGCUCAAUGUUUCUUAACUGAAGACCAUCUAGUGACAAACAUAGCGGAGGGCACCUAAGCUUGGGUUAUAGUCCAAAGAGGGAAAUUGGAAUUUAUUCUUCAAGUAUUCUAGCUACUAUAAGUACUAUAACAUCUGGAGGUUGAAAAGUCAAAGGCUUUGCUUCGCUUGCUGGAAAGGGAUGAAUAUGUGCUGUCUGUUUGUCUUAUUUUCUUUAUUUUUCAGAUUUGGGGGUGGGGGUGGGAAGGGUAGUUGUAUAUGUUCAAAUAUUGUCCCAAGUAUAAAAAAGAAAAAGAAAAAUGUCUCCGUAAUGAUGAUCCUGCUGCAGAACCUGUAAUGUACAUUUUUGCCAGUUUCUUUUGCAGACAUGCUCCCUGUAUCCCACCCUAUUGCCAUUAUCUCCAUUUGCUUUUUAUUUAUUCUGUUUGUCGAUUAAUAUCACGAUAAAGAUGUCUGCGAUUACAUCAGCCCGUGACGGCAUGUCCGGUGUAACGCCUCAGUGUUUGUAUCAACCGACACCUCGGGCGUAUCGCCACGGCGACAGACGCUUUAUCAUCGCGUAUCAGCACGAGCACAAUCCCCUUACCGCCGUCUCACGUCAUUUCGUUUGACUUUGUUCAUGGCAAACAUCCAUGGAAGACGGUUUACACGUUUCCUUGCAGUUCUACGUCCCUCUUUCAGACAAACACUGGACCUCUUUUGUUUUAAGAAUAGAUUAUUUUUGGAAGCACUUUUCUAUUAGGUCUUAACAUUUUUUUCUGUUGUAGGUAAUACGUUUUAUUUGCUUUUCAUUACUUGUGUUUUCACAUCUGCACCCCCAUCCAAGCGCUCAACUUGCUCAACAUAGUAACAGUUUUUCAAAUUAUUUGUACAAGACACGGAACAAGCGAAACCUUGAACAGAUUAGACCAUUUUUAACAUGUAAAAAUGCUUUGUAAAUUGACGUUUUGUUUUUUCUUUUGUCAAGCAGUUUUUAGCCAAGCUGUAUUAACUGCCUUUAUUUUGGCAAGCAGCAAUUGGCUCAACAGUGAAAAUUGAGUCACCAUAGAUGGCAAGCGGAAAUUUUCCAUGUAAAUGAUGUUUUGGUUCCUGUACAGAGCAAACGCAUAUAAAAAUAGCAAAAAGACAUCUUUCUGGAACACACGAAACGGUACACACAGGAAAUGCAGUUAUUGCUCUAAUGCAGAUUCUUACAGGCUUGCAGAGGCCUUCUGAAGCGUAGUGCCAUGGGUCGGGUUUGACUGACUCUUAAGUUUGGAUCGAGAAUGAUGAGGCGAGCUCACGGAUCAAAAAGGGGGAUCCCUUGACUGGGGACUGUGACAAAAGCCAGGGGAACCGUCUCCGGCUUUCCAAAAAAUGGCUGGCACAUCCACACCACACAGAAAAAUGGCGAUGUCAAACCCUGUGACCCCCCCUCCCCCAUUUCACAGUCCUUUGGACACCACUAGAAUUACUCUAUUAGAGACGGGCAUCUUGGCAGCAGCUGGAUACAUUGCGUGUCUGCCACACUGCUCUGGCCUCUCCACCCUGUCCUGGCAUCAUUCACCAAACCUACAUGCGCUUUCUGCCCUGCUCUCUCUGCCAUCUCACUGAGCAGACAACCCCACAGGUUCGCCAAGCGUUUCUGAAAGCAAAGCAGGCCUUUCCCAUUAGUGACCCCAAAUCACUCCUCUGCUUCAGCAUGGAAGCCCCCCUCCCCCUCCACCCCGACUGGUCUUUUAUCCUUAAGAGUUCUUCCCUCCCCUCCAUGCCAAGCACACACUGGCUGUCUAUCACUGCGUCUUUCUGACUGAAAACUGGUGACUUGGUGACCGGGGUGGCUGAGUGCAUUUCCUGGCCGGGCAACAUCGUUCUCCCCAAAAAACCCCAAAAGCCUCCGAGACCCACCCACAUGUUUUUGUGCACACUGUAAACAUCACAGCUAAGCGGAGGUACAAUAGCACAUUGGAGUGCUGUAAGCAGGGCAGAUGCUACUCGAUCUACGCCAACUUUAUUUAUUUUUAUUUUUUCUCUUGAAGUUGAUUUUACAAGUCGGCCAAAUGAAUUGGGAGAACUGCACACUUGUCAGGCAAUCAAAAUAAAAAAAAGUAUCGUCCCGCCAGCCCAGUGCACAUCUGCGACUGUUCUCUUCCGUUAACCUUCAAACUUUUUGAUAAGAGUGCAGGAGCACAGCCCAUUCGAGAUUAGGUGAGUUGCGUAACUGGCCACAACAGCAGUGGCGUGUAAGCGUAUGCCCCACAGCCAGCUUAGGAGGUUCUGUAGACUGUUUUGUAGCCUUGAUCUGCCCUGUUUUGGCUUCCAAUGAGAGUCAUUCUGACCCUUGAUGUUUGUUUAUAGAACUCAUUUUAUUUUCUGAGGCAUAUUUAAUUUUUACAAAUUUUCUUUUUCAAGGCACAUAUUAAACUAGGCCAAAACCAAUUUGAGGAAUUGGAAGGCAAUUGUAGUUCCCAAAUGUAGAACCAUAUACCUGUCUUAAGAGUGGAAUAGUUGAGUCGAAGUUUGGCUCGCUAACCUCCUUUAAGAUUAGUGUUGGAACUUGCUCUCUGGAAAAAAAAAAAGAAAAGGAUUGUCAAGUCUGUGGCACCCCUUUACAAGGGGUUUUGCAGUUGUCUUUUGCCUAAGUAGGGUUAUAUUUUACUUGAAUGCAUUUGAGGUUGAAUGUAAUGGGGAGACCUUAGCCCUUGUACAGUCACACGUGGUCUAGUAAUAGCGGUGGUGCCAGUAUGUGGGUGAACUCUCCAAUGCCAAUUAGUGUCGGAGGUUGUGGCUGACCAUCGAUAUAGCCUGGGUUCCAGCUGGUUUGAGAGGACCAGCCUCCAUUUUGUCAUGUCAGUUAACAUUUUCAGUGAGGUAAUAUUACACUGGCUGCUCUUUGAACCCUAUUACAUUUUACAACUCUGUUGUUGGUUAAGAACAAGACAUGCCGUUCAAAGUCUCAGUGUGUCUGAUAAGCGCACACAAAUUCUAUAAUGGUGGCAAAUAGUCGUCUCUUACAGGAAAAGCGAAGUUGCCGGUGGUAGUGCACACACACACGUCCUUAAAAUGUGUUAUUUUUAGCCAGCCUCUGCUGUUUGAAGAUACACAUUUCUAAUUGACUUGUUUUUUACCUUUAUCAUUGGUAAUUAGUCGGUUAUUCAUUCUAGAUAUGACUAAAUACUGUUAUUAACUCAGAACCUUUAAGCCCAUAAUAUUACUUAAAUAGUUUCCCAUACUAAUGGAACUGCUGGAUGUAAAAGCGUCUUAAACGGAGUGCAUUUUACUUUGUUUACAUCGCAAAGGUCUUUGUUUCGUAAUGGUUUCUUAGCUCAAAGGAGACAAUCUGGCAUUGGGAAAAAUGUUGCGCUCUGGUCCCCUUUUGACAUUUGUUAAUUUCUCUCUGAUGCGUAUAUUGAUGCUCCUGCAAUGCUUAUGAAUCAAUAGCUGGUUUGGGUUCCUUUCCCAUUGAAAGGGAAGAGAAUGGUAACGGUGAAUCAACACUGCUGUGACAGCUGACAGGAAUCUGAAAUAACAGCCACUUUUGGUCACAAACUCUCCAUUUUGUACUGUGCGGUUUCACUUGGUGUUUACUGUGGGGCUCCAGAGUCCUGUGUAUGGACUAGGUCAGAUACUCUCUUUCUGUGAAGCCUUAGCCAGAGUAAAGCUAAAUUAUUUUUAACCCCCCACCUCUCCCUCCCUGUUUUGAUUCCUUAUUUACUUUUGUUUGAAUAAGGGGUUUGAAAUUGGCAUGCAAGGGCUCAUUUUAAAAUGCAUACAAGGAGUUCUGCCUGAACCAUUUUUGGCUCAAAACUGAAUUUUUAGCUGGUUGCAGGUGAGCGUGAUGUCAACAGUGGCACCACCUAGUGGUCAGAUGCUGCCCCUGCAAGACUGGUAUGAGCUUUCUUAUUUUGCUUCUAGUGGAACUUUGUUAGCAUGAAUGUAUCAUCUCUGUAUGAUAGUGCUUUAAACCAUCUUUUCAUAUUAAUGGCAUUUUUACACAAUCAACUUGGCUUUGUAAAACUUGAUCUCUAUAUAGCUUCUUAGUGAUUUAAGCAGGCAAAGGUAGAAUUGAGUGGUUGAACUAGGAAGGGAUUCACAGUGAGGUUGUGAUGGAAAUGCUUGUUUUUUAAUGGAAAAUGGCAUGCUCUAGUAAAUAAAAUUGACUGCCAACUUAGUCCGUGUUAUAUCUAGACCUUCCAAAAAGAAAGGUUGGACCUAAGUUUCAGUUAAAUCAAAUUCCCUGUAAAGCAUUUUAAAAUUGGCCCUUGGCCAUGAGUUUGGACACCCCUACCAGUUCAAGGUAACUGUGAAUUCAAGUGUGUAGAAGGAGAACAUAUCACUGGAAUAUAUAUAUUUUUUGUUUCCAUUUGGGGAAUUAUGGAAUAAACAAGUACGAGAAGAGACUGAAGAUUGUAAUAUAAUGUGCCAAUGAAUAAACACACCAGUAUUUCA